UAUAUGUUUUGAGUCAAAAAUGAGAGUAAUAAAGGAUACUGAAAGACAAGUAUAUCUUGAAAAAGAAGAUGCCUGUCCAAUUUUGAAUACUCCUAUUUAAGAAGAGAAAACUAUAGCAAUUUUCAAUCCAGUAGUCACAAGCUGCCAGCAGAAAUGCUUAUGUUUUUGUUUUUGCUGCGAUCGAUCUAAAACAACCAGUUGGUACCUAGUUAUACAUUUGGACUGGCACCAAAAAAAAUUCUGAUGAACAGAUUAAAACUACCAGAAAUAUAAGAAAGAGAUAUUAGGGACUCCAUCAUGUCGAAUGAAGAUAGAAUGAGGGGUGAGAUAGAGAGGAUGCAGAUGAAAGGCGAUCAAGUUACAGACCAGUCGCUGGAAAGUACCCGUCGCAUGCUGCAAAUGUCUGAAGAGACACAAGAUAUUGGUAUCAAGACAUUAGUUAAGUUAGAUGAACAAGGYGAACAGCUGGAGAGAGUUGAAGAAGGGCUUGAUCAAAUUAAUGCUGAUAUGAAAGAAGCAGAAAGGAAUCUUACUGGCAUGGAAAAAUGCUGUGGUCUCUGUGUUUGUCCUUGGAAUAGGGGCAAAAAUUAUGAAAAAAGUUCUGCUUACAAGAAAGCAUACAAGCAAAGUUAUAGUGAAGAUGGUGUUGUCUCUACUCAACCAGGACCUACUACGUCAGGCAGUAAGGGUUCAUCUGCACCUUCAUCUGGAUAUAUCCAGAGAAUAACAAAUGAUGACAGGGAAGAUGAGAUGGAUGAAAAUUUAGGCCAAGUAUCCAACAUCAUCGGAAACCUUAAGUCCAUGGCAGUUGACAUGGGGAAUGAACUAGAGACCCAAAAUAGGCAAAUUGACCGCAUCAAUGCAAAGGCUGAAUCUAACGACGAACGAAUCAACGUAGCCAAUAAAAGAGCUAGAGACAUUCUUCGGAAUGCAUGAUAGACACACUCAAUCUGUAAAGCUGGAAAUAUACGGUACCUUGGCAUUGAAAUGGCUUCUGAUCUCAGCUAAUCAAAAUGUGCAAACAUGCUUUAACAUGACAAUGACUCAAUACGUUUAUAUUCUUAGAUUGGAAGUUACGUCAUGGUAGCCAUGUUGGUGGUAUUGGUAUUUCAAAUUACCUUAUCUUGCUCAAUACCACCAGCAUGGUUGCCACGUUUUUGUCUUGGUACUGGAAUGAUUGCAAACCAUCUGAUACGAAAGCCAAACAAAUGUUCCGGAACCCGUUCAAAAAGGGAACUAAAUAACACUUAAAUGGGAUAUUUGGAACUGAAUCAAGGGUGGGGCAUACCAUAGGUGACUCUAAGGUUCCCUCUCUAUUUCGAUUCCUGAAUUCGUCAGAAGUGAAUGACUAAUACUGACAAAACAAAAUCUCUGAAGGUGCGCAAAUACGUUGAAUGGCGCCAAAGAAGCUAAAAUGUAGUACCAAACAUUCUGCAAAAGAUCUUCCUGUCCUAAAUCUGGUAUGAAAAUCUGAUCGAACCAGUAUGACUGAUUAUUAAGUCGACGUAUAAAGACGUACGAAGCGCAUGCGUGCUUAGGCCUGUUUGUCGUGUCUUUUUUAAGAUGAUUCCAUUUAGCGAUCCAUCCACUAGGRUAACUAAUUUAUGUGAGGGAAAAAACUUUCUUAGUAUUAAUUGUUUAAAAUUAACUGGGACCAUACUUCCAGACAUCCAGUGCUGAACCGUCGUAUGGACUUACGGUUACGCUGGAGAUUUCGACCCCAACACCGCUAUCCCGGGAGGAAUUACAGAGACUGGUCAGGAAGCUCGGCCGAAGCCUAAGGGAAAGGUUAGUCGGCCUCUAGACCAUAGAUGAUUAACCCCUUGCUAUGACCAGCAAACCCGAUGUAGCAAUAGUAUCACUGAUCUCUUACCCCACAUUGCCACUCUUUUCCAUGUGGGACGCGUUUUUACAAACUAAUUGCAAGCUCGAGUUAUAUUUACUCGUAAAUUCRACCCGACGUAAAACUCAAAAUUGAUGUCAUUAUUUCUUCUCCUUUAUAAGACACAUUGAGUCGACAGAAGGCUCACGAUGAAUCGCGAAAGCAUAAUAAGAUCAGAGAGUUUAAAUACACUCACUAGGUACAUAGGAAUACACCACAUCUUAUUAAAGAAUAUUAUUGAAAUCACCUAUGUUACAGCUACCAUUGCAGCGGUUAAUAAGUAAAAGAGCAUGCGUAGUGAAACAUUUUAAUUAAAACUAGCCUAAACA